AUGAAAGGACCCACUCUGAAUUUUCGUAAACCCACCAGUAAGGAUAACAAGGUUAAAGCUGUGGAGAGCUUGGCUAAACCGGAAACGCCUCCUCCAAAAUUUGUUGAGGACUCGAAUCUGGAAUUUAAUGUUUUGGCCAGCGAGAAGUUGCCUAAUUAUGCAAAUUUGGAUUUGUUUCAUCGCGCUGUAAAACCUUUCAUGCUUUUAGCACAAUGUUUUGCUUUAAUGCCUCUGGUGGGCAUCCGUGAGUUAAAUCCUAGACGAGUUCGAUUUUCCUAUAAAUCUCUACCCAUGCUUGUUACCCUGAUCUUUAUGAUUGCCACAUCCAUAAUGUUUCUGGGCAUGCUAAGUCAUCUUCUAGAGAUUGGCAUUACGGCUAAGAAUUUUGUGGGUCUCGUUUUCUUUGGCUGUGUAAUGACGGCCUAUGUGGUCUUUAUUCGCCUGGCUAAAAAAUGGCCAACACUUAUACGAAUCUGGACCAAAACGGAAAUGGUUUUUACCAAGACUCCAUAUGAAAUACCCAAAAGAAAUCUUUCGCGCCGUGUGCAGUUGGCUGCCUUGGCUAUCAUAGGCUUAUCUUUGGGUGAACAUGCUUUGUACCAAGUAUCUGCUAUUCUGAGCUAUAAGCGACGUCUUCAGAUGUGCCCCAAUAUAACUACUGUAGCCAGUUUUGAUAAUUACACUCAAACGAACUAUAACUAUGUGUUUCAGCUGCUGCCCUACAGUCCCAUCAUCGCUGCUCUAGUUCUAUUAAUCAACGGAGCCUGCACUUUUGUCUGGAACUACAUGGACCUCUUUAUCAUGAUGAUUAGCAAGGGUUUGUCCUAUCGCUUUGAGCAAAUAACUACUCGCAUUCGCCAAUUGGAACAUGAGGAGAUCAGCGAAUCGGUGUUUAUCCAAAUCAGGGAGCAUUACGUCAAGAUGUGUGAAUUACUGGAAUCUGUAGAUAGCGCCAUGUCCAGUCUUAUAUUGCUUUCGUGUGUUAACAACCUGUAUUUUGUGUGCUACCAGCUGCUUAAUGUUUUCAACAAACUGCGCUGGCCCAUCAACUAUAUAUACUUCUGGUACUCCCUGCUAUAUCUGAUUGGACGUACCGCCUUUGUGUUCCUCACGGCAGCGGACAUCAACGAGGAGUCCAAACGGGGACUUGGGGUUCUGAGGAGGGUUUCGAGUCGAAGUUGGUGCGUGGAGGUGGAGCGCCUGAUAUUCCAGAUGACAACCCAAACCGUUGCGCUAUCCGGGAAGAAGUUCUACUUCCUCACGCGUCGGCUGCUCUUUGGAAUGGCCGGAACGAUUGUCACCUACGAACUGGUCCUUCUGCAAUUCGAUGAACCCAAUCGUCGCAAAGGACUGCAGCCCUUGUGCGCCUGA